AUGUCCAUCGCCCGGAUUACCGAAUGGCGAAAGUUGCCCCUGAGUCUCGCAGAGUUGUGUAUUGACACGACACUUCGAUGUGGCCAGUCCUUCCGAUGGCGCAAAAUCAACGAUGAGUGGUGCUGCACUCUGUACGGCCGUAUCGUCUCACUGAAGCAAGAUCCAACUCAUCUGCAUUAUAAGGUGACUUGGCCGAAGAAGCCUGUCUACCCGCUGACACCACCUGUGACCGAAAACGAAGUCGACGGUGAUGAUACGGAAGAGUUGCUGCGUCAUUAUCUGAGCCUGAAACUGGACCUCAAGUCUCUUUAUGAACAGUGGUCUGAGGCAGACCCCAACUUUCGCAAGAGGGCACCGGAAUUCGGAGGAGUUCGCAUGCUGAGCCAGGAUGCAUGGGAGGCGUUGAUUUGCUUCAUUUGCAGCAGCAACAACAACAUAUCAAGAAUAUCUCAAAUGGUCCACAAGCUAUGCAAACAUUACGGACCGCUCAUCGGUCACAUCGGGGACGAGGCUUUCCACGAUUUCCCGACACCAGAGGCUUUGACCGGCAGCUCAGUAGAAGCUCACCUGAGGGAGCUUGGUUUCGGCUAUCGGGCCAAGUACAUCGCGCAAACAGCUUCGAUCGUGGUGAACGAGCGGCCGAAGGGCUGGUUCGAAAGCAUCACGAAUCCGGAGAAUCCGUGCUAUAGAAAGACUGCGGAAGGCGCCAAGCUGCCUCAGUGUACAUACAAAGAGGCUCACGAGCAGCUCCUCCAACUGUCUGGGGUUGGACCCAAGGUUGCAGACUGCGUCUGUCUGAUGGGCCUUGGCUGGGGCGAGGCCGUGCCGGUAGACACGCACGUAUGGCAGAUUGCCCAGCGAGACUACAAGUUUGGCAAGGUCAAGACCAAAACCUUCAACAAGACCAUGUACGACGCGGUCGGAGAUCACUUUAGGGACCUCUGGGGCAAGUACGCCGGCUGGGCUCACUCGGUGUUGUUCACGGCGGAUUUGAAGACGUUUUCCGAGCGAACGGUUAAGAAGGAGGACAACGACACUGUAACGAUAAAGAAGGAGGUCAAAGUCGAGGAGGAUGCGCCACCGAUGAGCAGGAAACGUAAGGUUGUGAAGACGACCGUCAAGGUGGAAGUUGAAGAGGCGCCGGAUGCGGCGGUGGAGACGUCGCCAAAGAGGAGGAAGACGAGGUCUCAAACGCUGAAAAGGACUUCCAAGUCUGCAUAA